GGAAAGUUCCCUAAUUUACGACCGAGUUUUUCCUCUAUAUGUAGGGUUUUACGGUACAUCAAGAAAAUCCUCGUCAUAAAUCCGGACCACGGCCACCCUGACUCUCCGCCGCCACUAGUGGACUACUGCGACAUGGAGGCAGGGUACUUGAAGAAGUUUCCGGAAAAGGGGGGCGCGGGGGUUUUGGCCCCCCCGGUUCUGCAGAUCCCGUUUCAGAUGUUCACGUACAAGAUAGUGGAGAAGGAGAAAUUCUACUCCAAGAAAUGGGAGAUUCAUAGGCCAGCUUCGAUGUUUGACGAAGAUCAUAAUAUGGACGAUUUCUUGCUUGCGCCGAGCGAUCGGAGGUCCGUUUGUUCGGAGAUUAUCGACACCAAGAAUUCCGGCAUUGCUGUGGAUAUGAGGUCCGUUAUUUCCGAGAUUCCGCAACGGAAAAUGCACCCGUUGGAUCAGAGCUCGUUUGGUUUGGAGAGUCCUAGGAGGAAACUUUCGAGUAAAUCGUUUAAUCUGGAGAGGAGAACCGACCAGAAUUUCACUAGUCGGGAGCUGAGAGAGGUUCUUGAUAAAGCGAUUAUAGCAUCCAAAGUAGCGGAAUCUUCUCAGUUAGUGACGAAAGUGACGGAGCAGAAAGCGGAGAGUACCGAGAUUCUUGAAAAGAAACAGUCUUUGAGACCAAUAGUUGACCAAAAAACGAAAUCUUUGGAGGGGGAAAUGAUACUGCGGCCCACGAGAAAUCGGAAAUUAAGCGAGAUUCCGGAGAAGAUAGUGAAGAAUGGAGAAUCUAUAAAGAACACCAUUGAAAAAACCGAGGAAAAAACCGAGGAAAAAACUGGCAAGACAACUGUGAUCAUUAAACAGAUGAAAGAUGUAAUAAAGACCAAGAAAAUUGAAGAAACCCGAAACAGGAAAACGAGGUCCGUUUUCUCCGCAGCUUCAUCUCCAGCGAGAGCUUUCGGCCAAUCAGAAGCACCGAAAAACGAGCCGAUCAGAAUGAAGAAGAAAACUAUGUCCGUUUCUUCGCCAGCUUCUUCUCCGUCUAGGGUUUUCAGAAAGUGCAGCCAAUCAGAAGCAUCACCGAAAGACGAGUCGCCGUCAAGAAUGAUGAUGAAGAAGAAACGGAUCCCCAUCGAUCAAACACUUCACCAAAUCACGUCCCCUAAUAUAUUAAAAAAAAAUAAAAAAAAAAUCACUAACAUCAUUUUCGGUCAUUAUAUUUAUAAGACGACCAAAUAAAUAAAUAAAAUACAAAUACGAAAGCAGAAGUAACUACCCCUUCAUCACGAAAUGGCAAAGUGAUUCUCGUGUAUAUAUAUACUUGGUGUCGGUAAAGCGCACAAACGGCAUUCAUACAAAGCUCUUCGUCUUCUUCAAAGGCAUCGAGCAUGUGGGCCCCACACGUCCAUGUUUUGCUCCUCCAUUUCGGAUUUUUUUCAUCAAUAUUAAUAUUUUCGUUAAUUGGCGAAA